AUGUGGGUUGUGAAUCACUCUGAUGAAGAUCAUUACAUCUUGAAUGCCGGUUCAUUACACAAUCCACAUCUCCAUCACUCCCUUUCUAAUCUUCCGUUGGACCCACCCACCCCGGCCGAUUGGGUUGAAGCAAUGGCAAAGGGCCUGGACAUCUGUAAUGAUGGCGGUGAUGGGGUGCAAUCAGACCAACAAGACCCGAGUGAAAGCAGCUGCUCUGAGGAUGAUGACGCCAAGGGGGAGACUGACUUUGAAGACACAGGGAGUCAGGCAGAAACUGGGUCCACCUACAACGCCAAUGAUGUAGAGUGGAAUGAGGAUUCUGAGGGCUUUGAUACUGACAUCUCAUGGGGGUCCGCAGAUGCCGAGGGGGAAACUGACACCAAAGAUGAUUGGGCUUCAUAA